AUGCAGGAACGCACAAAGAGACGCAAGGCGGCCCGCGCCGACGACCACGAACCACACAGGACGAAGAAACAGCUCCCCAAGGUCUCGCCCCCCAAAAAAGACGCGGAGACGCCUGCCUCCGCUGCAGGGCAAAGAAGCUUGUCGGUCCUCUUCUUGUACUCUCGCCCAUACGCACACCCUGACACCCCACAGAAAUGCUCAGCCGACAAGCCCGUCUGCGACCAGUGCUCGAAACGUUCAGACAGCUGUAUCUAUGAUACCGGCAGGCCCGCUACUAGAAUCGAAAAGCUAGAAGCAGAACUCGCGCAGAUGGGGGAUCCAAAAUCCGACUCUAUCCCACCAGAAAACCCACGACCAUCUACAAGCUCGUACGGAAGUUCAGUAUCCCAGGGCCUCGUCACGCCCUAUGCCAGCGGCCCUCCAGUCAGCAACGGCAGUCUGCCGUAUGUCCACGAACCACUCUAUGCCGACUCGUUUAGGGACAGCGGCACACCGGAUCCGGGGCUGUACACCAGGCAAGCCAUGGCGAUGACGGUAGAAAUGAAUUUUGCACCUUCGCCCGCAUUUGGUGCAGCAAAAGGCGAACCGGAUGGGUAUAGCGAUCAGCUUGCAGGAUGGACGUGGCCGACAGCGGGUCUUGGACUCGAAUGGACUGCACCGCAACAUAUUCAGCAGACUGCAGCUUCCCCAGGGUUUGUGGCACCUCUUGGACAAUCGCCAUUUACCGUGCCCCAUAAUAAUGUAGGCGAGGGGAAUUACUGGAGCCCGUCAGCUCAGAAAAAUAGGGCGGUCUCCGGCUCGGUUGUUGGGCUGGGACGGGGAGAUGAUGGGCUUGCGAGGAUGCGUAUCAGUUCUCUCGGAACAUUACCCGUGCAAGCAGAGUAUGAUUUCGGCAGCACGUCCUCUAGCUCGAUCAACAUUGUACCCCAAAGACAGGCCAGUUCGACACCCAGUUUCAUGCACUAUCCUCCCCCGCCCCAGACGUCUACGCCCGCUACGAGCGGAAACGGUGAUGGACCAGAAAGAGAUUUGACAGAGGACGACAUCUCUCAAAGCGCCCGUGACUACCUCCUCAAUCUCUUCUUCUGCCCCGACCCGCCGCGGUGCAGAUUCGGAUCCGAAUGUUUCACUGAAGCCCAAUUUCACCAACGGCUCUCCCUCCCGCCUCCCUCCCAACCCCACCCGGCUCUUUUGUUUUCCAUGUACACCAUCGCUUCGUCAACGUCGUAUAUCCCGGCAAUCAAGAGUCUGGAGGAGAGCUUGUAUGAUAUCACGACAAGGCUUGUGGAGAGGGCCAUGAGGGAGGCGCAAGGGGAGAAGGAUGGGGGUAGGCGGAGGUUGGUGGAUGUUGUCAAUGCGAGUAAGAAUCUGAGUAAAUGGUUGUUCUUGAAAGGCAGAGAUUUGGAGGGAUUCGUCUGGAGCUCGAAGGGUAUCUCCCUUGCGGUGGCUUGUGAGCUACACAAGAUCCCUUCGUCGGUACUGCAAGAGAGUCAGAUGUGCUCAUCGUCCGCAUCCCUUUUACCACCGCCACAAAGUCAAUGGGAGCUGUGUGAGCGCAUACACGCCUUCUGGAGUGCGUGGGGUAACGAGAGGGGGAGGCGGCUACGGACGCCGUGGCCUAGUCUGCUGAGGGAUGAAAUGAUCCUCACGCCCCUCCCUCGGCCACCCGAUGACUAUCUCAACGGCACCAUCCUCCAAGUCCCCGACGUUAACCUCCGCACCCUCUACAACGGUCCCCUCACAGACGACCACCGAGGUAUCGACUCUCUCUACUCGUUCCUCUUUGCUUCCCUCCACCUCUUUCACCGCGCAAGCACCGUCUCUUCCCGCGAGAUCGAGAGCCCCAUGUCUUACCGCCUCCUCUCCACCCUCGAUCCCACCCGAUCACCUCGAGAAGCGUACCCAGAAGUAUGCGAGGAGAUCACAGGCAUGUGUGUGUGGGUGGAGAGUAUCGUACCGGAUAGGUGGAGUAUACAUGCUUCGGCAGGGCAAGAAGCGGAAGGGUGGAAGAAUCAAGAUGCGCCAAUCAUCUUUUUGUUGUUAAUUUGUGCGAGGAUCCAUCUACUCUCGCCGGCGCAUCAGGCGGAUCAGCAGGCGUUUGUGGAGCUUGUUGAUAGGGCCGCAGACUUGGUGGGAAGGUGGAUGGACAGGAUAGCGGUGCUGGAGGAAGAGAGUAGGAGUAAAAGAGGGGCGAUGGGGAGCAAUAAAGGCUCGUGGAGGAAUAAACAUGGGCUGUGUGGGCCGUAUAGGGAGACACUGUUUGAUUAUGUGGUUGAGAAACUGGGAGAGUGUGAGGGUAUUGCGAUGAGAUCGGGGGACCAUGCCGAUGCUCUCAGGUUCAAGGAGAAGGCCUUGAGGGUAGAUGGGGGAAACCAAAGGUUGCGGAAAUGCGGAUCUGUAUCACAAUAG